UUCGCCGGCCACAGCCGGGGGAACCUGUGCAGCACGCGACGAGACGACGACGAUCUCUUUCGAUCACCUCCGUCUGCGCAGGUUUGAAAAAAUAAAAUAACCGCGCAACAAACUUCGUCGUGUGUUUCAUUCCGACAGUGGUUAUUCAUUUGUUUGUUAAUUUUUUUUUUUUAAAUCCUCCGUCACCCAAACACCGGGCCUUACGGGCAGUGAGGUGUAAAAUAAUUGUAAAAGUUGCAGAUCGUAGGAAAGCUUGGAAAACCAGUGAACUGGGGUAAAAAAAAAAAAAAAAAAUAACGAACAUAACUACGAAUCACGAGUAAAAUUUUUUUUCUUUUUAAUAAUAAUUAUAAUAACAACAACGACAACAACAACAACAACAACAACAACAAUGUUUAAUUGACCGAAACUUGAGGAAAAGGAAAUUGUGGAGUUUCGGUUCUUUUUUUUUUUUCUACGCACACACUUGAUGAACUUUAAUUUUAGCGCCUUCGCAAGCUUUUACAAAAAUAAUAAUUCACGGUGUGUGAUCCUGAUAUUUCCGCUGUGAGAAAAAUUAAGCAGCUUGCGAGUUUUUUCGACGUGUAAGCAACUGGAACGAUUUCUUCCGGUUCAUUUUGUUUAAAUUCCACUGCAGCUGUAUCAAUUCGUAUAGAACUACUGCGGGGGAGUGAAAAAGGUGAUAUUUUCCGCAGCCUUGACUCGCUGGACAACAAGCUCACACCCUUUUUACAGGACACGCAGAUUUGAUAUAUAUAUAGAAAGCUCGAACCAACCCCUGAGCAAAGGUGCAAACGAGCAGGUAUACGGCUCGAUUGACGGUUACCGAAUUCGAAUGCGAAUGGUCUUGAAGGAAGUUGGUUUAGUACCGCAGCUUGGUAAUUACACGCGUGUGCAAAUGUGACGUGACGUGAGUAUAAAGGAAAAACAAAUUUCAAGGUGAAAUUCUUCGGCUUUGAAUUAUUUCCCGUGCAACAAGUGCGGCCUCGAGCUUGUACGAAUACGGUGGUUGCAAGUGCAAAUGCUUUUGCAGAGCGUUGUGAAAAGGAAACGCUAAGGAAGAAGAUAAGAUAACAAGAAUUAGCAGUAAGCAGAGACAGGAAAAUAAAUAGAAUAUACGUAAACAAAAGCGGCGGGUGAAACGUGUGCGGGUGAAAUAUCGUGUGCCAAUUAGACGCGUUGCAUGACGGUUUCGGUAUUUUGAGGAUCUUGCGUGACAAACGGACCCAACCCUCGAAUAGCAAACGAAACGAAGGUCGGAAAGAAGGGGAAGAAAGGGAAGUGGAAAUUAAGUGUGAACGAAGAAUCCGAGGAGGAGUUCGAUAUCGGGUAACGCGAGAGAAAAGGGAGCAACGGAAGACCGGGAAGAGGAACCGAGAGAUAAUUCAUUGGUGUCACCGUUAAUGGUAUAUACCUUCGAGAAAUUACAGGCGAAAUUACACCGUCACGGAAGACGAAGAAGCGAUUUCAGUGCGAUCGCGUGACACAUGUGUCGAAAGACAAGCACAAGAUUUUCCGAUAGGACGUUGAAAAGACCGGAAGAACUGCGAACUCGGUGACGAUAUUUUCUUCGGUUAUUCUGACCUAGACACUUGACGGAGAAAUAGCACCAGUAGAAGGAAAGAGACGGGUCUGGGCACCUCGUCGCACUCAGGACGGGGUCAUGAACAGCAACUUGAACAACACCAACGAACACAGCUACUUGUGCCUCGUAGCGAUUUACGCGAUACACGUGGUCGUGUUCCACCUCUAUUCGCCCUCCCAUCUACCCAUCGACACCAACAGCCCCCCGGCUCGACUUCAACCCAUGGCAAGGUGGAGGGCGCGAUCAACCCUCGGCGAAACUCGGCGGAACUUCACCGGAUCCGUUCUCCACGAAUCGGAACUUCCGCUCGCCGAUCGUGAUUCGGACGCUAACGAGACUCUUCAGGGGCGAAUUCCACCCCCUCGUGUCAUCGGCAGGGUUCAGGCCACCGUUGGACAGUUUCCACAUCAGGUCUCUCUCAGGCGUUCGAAGACUGGAGUCCACUUUUGCGGUGGUAGCAUCAUCGAUGAAGAAUGGAUCGUCACUGCCGCCCACUGCAUGUACAGCAACGGGAAACUCAUAGCGGCCUCCACCAUCAAGGUAUACGCCGGUGACCUGUUGCUCAACGAGCCGUCUUCCAGAUCCCAGACGAGGGCAGUCAGGAGAGUUGUAGUGCACCAAGAUUUCGACGUCAACACGCUCAGGAACGACAUCGCACUGCUAAAGCUCCGGUCUAAACUGACCCUGGACGAUGAAGCUGUUGCUGCAAAGGCGCUCAGGAAUGAAACCGUCGCUGAUGGAACACCCUGCCAAGUUUCUGGUUGGGGCGUAACUAAAUACAAAAAUACCGCACUGAGUAACGAGCUACUAUACAUAGACAUACCCGUCGUCGAUAGAACACUGUGCCGAGAACUGAUGGCCAAUUUUUCCGACAUUCCUCAAGUGAUGAUCUGCGCAGGAUACAUCGAGGGUGGUUUUGAUAGCUGUCAGGGUGACUCGGGUGGCGGAAUGAUAUGCGACGAUAUGCUGACGGGGGUCGUGUCAUGGGGAAAAGAGUGCGGACUCGCUAAUUUCCCGGGAAUCUACACAAACGUCUACGUCUUCAGCGACUGGAUCGUCGAAACCAUAGCGACCAGUGCCUCCUCUCCAACCUCGGCCAAGGGCUGGAGUCCAGCAGCUUGGGGCGUCUUCCUCGGGUGUCUUGUAUUCCUUUUUACCUACACGGAUCGGGAGAGAGUCGAAAGUGAACCGCCAUCCUAGGAACGGGUAGGAAAACGCGUGUUUCGCGAAACAGUCACGGCGAGAGCCAAGUUGAUCUGCUUGUUGAACGGGACCCGCCGAACUUCACGUACCUCCUUGACGAAUGUACAAUUUACUUUAUGUAAAACGAUCUAGCGCAUCAUCGGUCAAGAAUCAGCAAGUACAAUCAGUCUGCGUUACCGACAGCGUAAAGAACAUUCGGUUGUCUAUAAAUAGCUGCCAACGGUUUUGGGCAGUAAAUCGUUCGAGCUCAUUUUGAGGUGCAUGAAAUUGACCGUAUACUAUUACUAUAUAGUCUGCGGAUUUCCCAGGCUCGCAACGUGCACUUGACCAAAUUUACUUACGUACACCUAAGCCGAAAAAGUCGAAUUAAAAUAGAGAGGGCAGGAGUGAAAAUCUUGAAAAUUUCUCCGUGUACGAAACAGCCCUCUUUCCAUUGGUAUCUUUCAACUACGACCAUGUCUUUGAUUACGCCAAUAAUUGGGAUCAGACUCGGAAUGCGAGUGUAAUCGUGAUGAGUUAGGUUAGAUCAGGGUUUCGUGCUAUUUAUGCCGAAACGAAGAGGCAAAGAACCUCGUGCAAGCUAGUAAGCCUUUAUUUCGUCAUUUGGCGUCGAGUCGGUGCGUAAAACGCAACAAGCAUUGAGCUUUAUUUUUAAAUACGAACAUCGAGAAUUUUGUAUGCCCUGCCAGCAGAUCGCGCUCUCCAAUAUACGUUGGAUCCCACCAAACUUGCUCUAGUCUCUUAUAUAAUACGAUAACGAAUGAUCAUACGGAUAACAAAACAAUCGUCGUUUUUUUUACCCGUUGAAGCACAAUCCGAUCUUACCAUUCCGGAUAUACAUACUCGUAUAAUAGCAUUGCCCAUUCAAUAUACUUAGUGUAAUAAUCAUGCUCGUUUAAUCGAAAAACAAGAAAACGAAAAGAAGCAUAACUUACUUUGCUGUAAUUUGUUUAUACACAUUCAUAUACAUAUAUAUGUAUGGUACUGUUAUUAUUAUUGUUAACAUUAUCAUUAUUAUAUAUUCAUAAUUUGUCAUGUAUGAUAUGUAAAAUGUUUUAUUUUUAUACAGAUCAAAGUUCAAACAUUGUACAGACGUUAACUGUGAACAUGUUUAUUGUAAAUAUCUUACACAAAAACACAUACGCAAAAUAAUUAUUCAUUCGUUAAUUAUAAAUUAUUAUACAUUUUAGGUAUCAUUGUAUGAAAACAAACAAAUAUAUUAUAGUAUGUUAUUUAUACUUGAUACAAC